CCUCAUCCACUGACGUUCAGAGAUGACCACGUAUUGGUUACUUGUUGGUUGUUCAAGGUAAAGCCCGAGUGGGUGGAGGAGGAUUUCAGGAGCGGAGCAGUUCACUCCACUCAGAGCGCAAGAACACACAGAAUCAGCAAGGGUACACACACACACACACACACACACACACAGACCUUCGGCGGAUUAUCACUACACUUUCAUUUUUUUUUUUUUUUGCCGUCAAGUACAAUCUGUUGUACUUUUUUUAACGAAUCAGCUACUCUAAAGGAUAUGUUGAUGGAAGUUCCAAAGAGCAUUUUAAUCCUUUUCUCCUGCAUGUUGCUGGAACCCGUGUUUUCGAUGCAGAGUCAGAUGUGUGACAUGAUGAAGGAAAUAGACAAGGAGAGGGACAUGUGUGAGGCUCAGAUCGAGAACAAAACCACAGGCUGCAGGGGGACGUGGGACAAGAUCACCUGCUGGCCCAGCGCUGAUGUUGGAGAGGUGGUCACCAUCGCUUGCCCCAAAUAUCUCUUCUACUUCUCCAGGGACAUUCCUACACGACAUGAGAGGGACUCAAACCGAAGAUUUAUCAUCAGCAUGUGAAGGCUCAGUGCAGAGGAGAAGUGUUUUCUGGGAAGCUGUGAUGUGACCCAGAUGGGAGAUGGUGUGACCUGAGAGAGGAGAGCACUCUAGGGAAAAGAGAUGAAGAAUCACCAGAUUUAUGGGGUUGAAGGCAGAAGAGGUAAUCUGUCAAAGACCUGCACUGAGGAUGGCUGGACCCCAAUCAGCAUAGACUCCUAUACAAUGGACUGUGGAUACAAUCCCAACAGCACCAUGGAUGAUAAUAUGGGAGAAUUCUUCAACGCUAUCAAAGUGGGUUACACCAUUGGUCACAGUGUGUCGCUCAUUUCUUUGACGAUCGCCAUCAUCAUACUGUGUCUCUUUCGGAAGCUGCACUGCACGAGAAACUACAUCCACAUACAUCUGUUUGUGUCUUUCAUACUGAAAGCCGUGGCUGUUUUCAUCAAGGACGUGGUUCUGUAUGACGUCGGGGAGACAGACAAUUGCCAGUCAUCUGUGGGCUGCAAGGCAGUGAUGGUCUUCUUCCAGUAUGGGAUCAUGGCAAGUUACUUCUGGCUGCUGGUGGAGGGCCUCUAUCUCCACACUCUGUUAGCCGUUUCCUUCUUCUCUGAGAGGAAGUACUUCUGGUGGUACAUCCUGAUUGGUUGGGGGGCUCCAACCAUCUUUAUCUCAGCGUGGGUGAUUACAAAGGCUUAUUUAAAUGACCCUGGAUGCUGGGAGAUAAUCGAUCUCGGACCAUGGUGGAUCAUCAAAACACCUAUUGUAGUCACCAUACUUGCAAACUUUUUCCUCUUCAUCUGUAUAAUCCGGAUUUUGCGUCAGAAGAUGAAUUGCCCCGACAUCGGAAGAAAGGAAUCCAAUCAGUACUCGAGACUGGCUAAAUCCACUUUGUUGUUGAUACCUCUCUUUGGCAUAAACUACAUCAUUUUUGCCUUCAUCCCUGACCACAUCCACCCACAAGUGAGGAUGGUAAUCGAUCUUAUCCUGGGGUCAUUUCAGGGAUUUGUUGUUGCGGUUUUGUACUGCUUUCUGAACAGAGAGGUACAGGCGGAGAUUAAGCGUAAGUGGCGGAGAUGGAUGCUGCAGAGGUUCCUGGGUGCUGACACUAAGUACCAGCAGCCGUCCAUGGGCAGCAACGGCAACAACUUCAGCACCCAGAUAACCAUGUUUACCAAAUGCAGCCCUACAACACGUCGGGCAUCUGAGUGUCAGGAGCAGCUCUCUACCAUCUGAAACCCAUCUGAAGUUAACUCCCCUCUUUGUUUUUAUUAUUAUGUAAUGAAUGCGUGGCUCAUGUGCACUGUUCUAAUGCAGUUGAUAUUGGUCACUGAAGGUCAAUUUGACAUUUUAGUAGUGAAGCUAAUAUUUGUUCAUUGUAACUUUAUCCAUUACCUGUCAAAAGUGACAUGUGAAAGUGACCAGGGUGGAAAGGCAUCUGAGACCUCUUUCGAAUCAAAGCACCGGUUUAGUAAAUGGGUUAAGUUAUUACCUUUACAUGAAGAAUUCAUUUCCAAAAAACACAACAAAGAACAUUGUCAUUUUCUCAGGCUGUUCUAAUGUAGCUUUGAUCAGGAAGGAACUUCCAUUGUACCGGAGGUUGACCGAACUGACUGGCGGGGAUCUGAUAUUCACAUAAAGGCCAGUGUCACACUGAUAUAUAGGCAAACAGUGUUGUUCCUACUACAGUGUAAAGCUUUGUUGAGAUCACAUGAUGAGUCAACCUGAACUGGCUACUGACAAGGUGUUGAAAAUCAAUUCUCAGAAUAACAUUAACUAAGUCUUUUAGAGGAAAUGCACUACAGAAUAUUGCAGGGAGAAAGAUCUUCAUGACCACUAUGUGAAUUAAAGGGAAAUGGCGCUCUUGGUCAAUGUUUUCCAUCUAAUGUUAAGCAAUAGAUAGAUGGAGCCAGAGACAAGCUGUGUCCUAUAAGAAGCAAGAUGUUUAUUAAAAGGGUGUGUUACACAACAGGACUCCAAGCACUUAACCUAAUGGCCCAUGUUGUUUAGGGGACCAAUGGUAACAUUAAUGACACUGUCAGGCUGUCAUGAGCAGUAGUCACUGAGGAGGACUCUAUAGCAUAACCAGCAUACUGGAUGUUCCUAUCCUGUCUAUGACAGUUUUAUACGGGGCAUACACUCUACUAAAUUACUGCCGGAUAACAUUCCAGAGGAGACGCUAAAGCUCCCGCUUGUGAAAUUUAUCUCAGUUUACAAAGGCUUUUAGUUUUGUUUGAGUGCACAGUCACUCAGUAGAUGUUCAUUUUUACUAUUUCUGCAACUAAUGGACCAGAUGUAUUCCAUUAUUAGUCUACAAUACACAACAUUGUGAAUACAUACGUGGCAACAGUGAUUAACUUCCAUUAACUCAUUUGCAUGGACAAUUCAUUUCAUUGCAUUGAGUGCUAUUUUUCUAUUCUAUUCUAUAUUUAGAUUAAAUACAUAUGUUAUUGUACCAUACUGUGGAUGGCAAUGUCGGUCGGUCGGCCCACCACUUUGGUCCAGACUGAAAUAUAUCAAUAACUACUGGAUUGAUUGCCAUAAUAUUCUGUACAGACAUUUAUGGUCCCCAGAGGAUGAAUCCUAAUGACUUUGAUGAUCCUCUAACUUUUUAUCUAGCGCCUCCAGCUGGUCAAAGUUUCCACUUAUCUAGUGAAAUAUCAUCAUCUAUAAGAUGGAUAUAUUUUUACAGACGUCCAUUAUUCCCAGUAGAUGAAUCCUAAUGACUUUUCCUCUAGCACCACCAUAAGGUUCACAUUUGUGGUUUUGAGUGAAAUGUCUCAACAGCUACUGGAUGAACGUUUGUUCAGACAUUCAAGUUCCAAACCCAGAUGAAUUGGAAUUAUUAUGGUUAUGCCUUAACUUUUUAUUUAGCACUGUCAACAGGUAAAAAAAUUCAAUUUGUGCAAUACUUUGAUUUAUCUAUACUAAAUAGAUGCAAAACUAGCACAGCCUCGCACUAAACACAAAGUUGUACUUUGUGUUUAGUGCUAAUUAGCAAACGCUAGCAUGCUAACACGCUAAACUAAGAUAGUGAACAUGAUAAACAUUAUACCAUCUAAACAUCAGCAUGUUAGCAUUGUCAUUGUGAGCAUGUUAGCAUGCUGGCAUUAAACUCAAAGCACUGCCUCACACAGAUGCUAGCUUGGCUGUAGAUUCUUAUUCUUGUUUGAUGUAAUAGGAUGUAUUAAGCUAAUGGCACUACGCAUGAUGAUUGUUUUACCCUCUGUCUCACUCUCUCUCUCUCUCUCUGGGUGUGUGUGUGUGUGUGUGUGUGUGUUUAAUAAUGUUUUCAAACAUUUAUUUUAAGUGACCUCCUGGUCAAAAAAGACAUUUUCAGACGGUAAUGUGUAGAGGCAGUGACAGUGUCACCUUUCAUGUGGGAGUCAUGUUGAAGUUUGAUGUUUACUUUUUGUUGUACCAGUGUGUGUAAAAUGGAAACUGAACUUAAACUUACUGAAAGUACCUCAGACUUAUUGUCACACAUGUAUAUAAUAUCACACUAUAUAAUGUGAAACUGUAAAUACCGCUAAAGAAUUGGUUUAUGAUGUGUUUUGUGGUGAUGACUAAUAGUGCUCAGGUGUCAACUGGCAAUCAGUGUUUACAUUUAAUACUCUACGUUCCUCACUCAUGCUAUUUGUAUAAUGUCAAUAAAGUGUCUCUUAUUUGUUGCCAUGUAAAUCUUGUGUAAAUAUGGUGCGCUGCACAGUAUGUGGAAUCAGCUGUAAAAAUGUCAGAUGACGAUGAAUAAAACCAUUUGCACUGUG